AUGUGGGCUCAGCCGGACUCUCCGCGGGCUCUCUUCAGUCCGGUUCGGUCCUCUUCCAGUUCGGACACCGGGGAGGUUCUGAUCCGCUCCACCAGAGCCCAGGAAACAACAGGGUCCGGUUCGGUCCGGAUCACCGUCCAGAAGCUGAAGGAGGUUCCGGUCCAGCCUCCUCUGUCCGAACAGCAGCAGUGGAGUUCCGGGAGAGAGGAGCGGCUGAAGCCCCGCGGGAGGCCGGAGAGAGAGGCUCCUGAGCGGGCAGGAGGUCCGACUCAGCCCGGUGAGAGUUCCGGGGAUGUUCCGGGUCAAACUGUGACCCAGUCAUAUGGUUCAGGAGUAUAGAUGUAAAUCAGAUAGAAUCUCACUGACUGAGACAGAGAAUCAGAUCCUGUAACUUUAGAGUGAAUAAAUAUGACCCGGACCUUCAUGACCCGGGUCAGUGAGAACCUCCACAGCCGGUAUGAAACAGAAUCAGGACCCCAGAGACCGGGUUCAGGUUCGGGUUCAGGUUCAGGUUCGGGUUCAAGUGAAGAAGAAGAGUUUUUAUCGUUAUUCUGUUUAAAGGAAAGAAAAUGAUGAAAUUUAUGGGGAAAGUUUUUCAGUAAGAACUGUGUGUGUGUGUGUGUGUGUGUGUGUGUGUGUGUGUGUGUGUGUGUCUGUGUGUGUGUGUGUGUGUGUGUGUGUGUGUGUGUGUGUGUGUGUCUGUGUCUGUGUGCAGACAGACAGACUCUACACAAACCUGGACCGACCAAAGAGAACAGAGAGCCCAGCAGAACUGUGAGUCCUUUGAACUUUAACCUCUCGUUAGUGAAGCAGCAUCAUCAUGUUUCCAUGGUAACGGCUCCUCCCUCAGGUGUUCACCUGUCACAGUGACCUUUAGACUGACCUCUCAGGUGAACUCCAGGUCGACCUGAUCGUCUGUUUGUCCUUCAGACGCCGUCUGCGGCAGAGACUCGUCCUCACAGGACGCCGUCUGCGGCUCAGGACGUCCUGACGUCACGGUUUGAUGCUGGAGGUCGAGACGCCAUGCUCGCCGCUCUAAAACAGCGGUGAGAAACAGGAGAGAAAACUAAACCAUGGAGGUUUUAAUCAGAAGAGACGAACUGUUGAAUAUUCUGAUGAUCAUGAACAUGAUUAUUGACGUUUGUAUGAAUAUUUUUGUUAUUAUUAUUAUGAUGAUGAUCUCUAUUAUUAAUAUUAUUACGUUUCCUAUUAUUAUUGAAAUUAUUAUCUUUCAUAUUAUUGUCAUUAUUAUUGUUAUCAAUAUUAUUGAUAUUAUUGUCAUUUUAUUUUAUUAUAAUUAUUAAAAUUCUUAUAAUUAUUGUUAGAAUUGGUGUUUUUCGUCUUCCUUCAGCGUCUCGUUGAGGUGAAUUUAAACCGUCUCUCACUCUUUAAACUCGUUUUACCGAACCCUUCUGUCUCUCUGAUGCUCAGCUCUCACAGCGCCCCCCACAGGAGGGAGGUCAAAGUCCAGCUUUUGGACCCAGGACUGCUUCAGACCAGCUCCCAGGGUGAUCCAGUCCCAACGACCGGCUCCCAAGAUGCAGUGGGUGUGUCAGGAGUCCAGAUGGAGGCGGGGCUUCCCUCUGGUUCCCCGGGUGAUGCCUCAGUCACAGCAGCUGCUGUUCCUCUCUUCAGGGUGAGCGGAUCUCAAAGUUCUGCUCCUGUAGAGUCCAGGAAGACCGCCACACUGUGACAUCACUGUUAGAGGCGGAGCACAGCUGAUACACUCUGUGUGUGUGUGUGUGUGUGUGUGUGUGUGUGUGUGUGUGUGUGUGUGUGUGUGUGCAGGCUCAGUCACACCUGGAGGCUCGUGUGUGUCGUCUGGCUGAUGGCGUGGAGAAGCUGCUGCAGGCUGACAGGUAAACUCAGACAGGUGUGGGCGGGGCCUGAGCAGGAAGUCUCUGUGUGGAGUAGCUCUGAAUCUGAUUGGCUUUGACAUCACUGUGACAUCACUGUCUGCGCUUUCAUCAGGGAGGGCGGGGACAGAGGGCGGAGCCUGACUCUGCAUCACCUGGAGAAGCUGCACAGCCAACAGCUGCAGUUUCAGGUAACCAAUCACCUUUUCACCUCCUGAUGACAUCACUGUCUGUCUGAAUGCUCAUUGGCUGUCCUCAAAGAACAGACAUGUGUUCAGUAACAGACGCUCUAAAGUCUCUGUGUCCCUAACCCCUCUAUGGGGGUUAGGGAUUCAUUUAGGACGCAGCCUCUGUCUGUGACUCUGUCUGUAACUCUGUCUGUAACUCUGUGUCUGUAACUCUGUCUGUAACUCUGUCUGUGUCUGUGUACCUGUCAGGGUCAGCUGCUGGACUCUGCAUUUAAGAUGGUGACAGGACACACCUUUUUGACCUCUGACCCCACAGCUUCAGGCCAGCCAACCUGUCUGCAGGUCACACACCUGGAGCCUGCAGGUACACUCUUACACGCACACACACACACACACACACACACACACACACACACACACACACACACACACACACAGUUGUCAAUAGCUGUCAAUAAUGUCUGCAGGUGUUCACAGACAGUCAGCUGAUGUGACCAGCAGGUGGCAGCAAGUGUCUCUGACACACUCACUCACAGGUCUGUGUUUAGAUGUGCUGUUACCAUGGAAACACCCGUCUCUAAUCCACACUGCUGCAGCAGAACACAUCAGCAGUGUGUGUGUGUGUGUGUGUGUGUGUGUGUGUGUGUGUGUGUGUGUGUGUGUGGGGGGCGAUGGAGACAGCGUUGCCACGGUAACCAGGCUGUCAGCAUUGCUCUGCUGUUCUUCGCCUUUUCUCUUGUGUGUGUGUGACCUUUGACCUCUGAGGUUAUUAUGGGCUGUCAGGAGCAGACUGGACUCUGAUGGAGUUUUCAUCUGCUCCACCCUGAAGACCAGAUUCUGGACUACGGCUGGACCACACCCACACAGACUAGGGGGGGCGGGUGUCUGGACCUGGAUUCAGGACCUCCUGACCCACCGUCCCCAGACAGUCGGGCUCAGACCUCUCAAUACCGGCCCCCCUCACAGAGAAGGGAGGUGGGCCCUGGGACAGAACCUGUGAGACUGAGUGAAGAAGAGGAUGACCAUGACCUCUGACCUUCGCUUCUGUGUGUGGAGGGCGGGGCUUUGAGCGUGGAAGAUGAUUGGUGAACUCAUCAUCUGCUGACCUCCGACCUCUCCUGGGACUUCCUGACUACAUCUAUGUGUGUGCGUGUGUGUGUGUAUCACCGCAGCUCAUUGCCCCCCCCCUUUGUUUCUCCCCCUCAGAGACCCUCGUCAGCAGUCAGCAGACCUCCUCAGCAACCAGAGCUGCCACCACUGUGGAGACGGGAUCAGUUGCCAUGACAACAUCCUGCAAUGACCGACAGACAGAUCAAACCAGGUGAAGGGGGGGGGGGGCAGACUGAUCAAUCCUUAUUGUUUCUAUAAUCAAUAAUCAAUCAGUCAAUAAAUAUCCAAACAUCAUAAAACCAGAAACAUCGAUCAAGAUCAACGAUCAGCUUCUAUUUGAGUCACAUGAUUGGCUGGAAAUCACAUAUAUGACAUAUACAUUUGUUUCCAUGUUUACAUGUUUACAUUUAAAUUACAGUCACAUGAUUCUUCUGCAAGAACAGCAGAUCCUACUGACAUUCUAGAACCAUUACAUCAUCUACAAUCAUCACACAUGAUGUCAUAAUGUCACAUUAUGACAUCAUGUGUUAUGUCAUAAUGCCACAUUCUAGAAUGUGACAUUUGAGGCUGUGAUUGGCUGAAAGUCUUUGAGGCUGUGAUUGGCUGUUUACUAAAAUCUUUAGCUGCAGAAAUGUCGACCUCCACAGUCAGGAAGCUGUGAGUGAGUGAGGUAGUUAGUUUGUGAGCGUUGAUUGAUUAGUCAUUUAGUUAGCUUUUUGUUAGUUAAUUAGUAGGUUAGUUUGUUAGUCGGUUAGUUGGAUAGUCAUCCUCUUAACUAGUAUGUUAGUUAGUUAGUUAGUUAGUUAGUUAGUUAGUUAUUUCAUAAAUGCUUCAUUAUUAGAAAAAUAUAAAACACACAAAACUCUCCGACUUCGAUCUCAGCUGCUGUUUUAACAUCAUUGAAUAAAUCUCAGCCUGAUGCAGUUCUGUGUGUGUGUGUGUGUGUGUGUGUGUGCGCGCACGUGUGUGUGUGUGUGUGCAGUUAUAUUUGCAUAAUCAUUCAGAGUCUGGAGCGAUCACGGCUGCAGCUUUAAUGUCUUCCCUCCCCUCCCCCUCUGCUCCUCCUCACCCCCUCCUGACGGAGGAGAGGAGGAGGUUUCCAUGACAACACAGACACUAUCCAUCAGCAGAUCUGUGUGUGUGUGUGUGUGUGUGUGUGUGUGUAAGACAGGUUUGAUGUCAGUGAAUAACUUUGAUAUUUUUUACCCAGAAUGCAUCAGUUUGAUGUUUUGAACCUGGUCCUGUCUGAGGAUGUCAGGGGUGCUCUGACAUCACUCAGGUGAGGAGGUCUCUGUAGGACCGUCAGGACCGUCAGGACCGUUACCGGUCUGUCUGAGGUCUCCUCUGUCUGCAUGAACCAAAACUCAAACCAUCAGCCCUUCAUAACCCCCCCCCAUGAAUGAAUGAAUGAAUGAAUGAAUGAAUGAAUGAACCCCCACACAGACCUCAGGGACCUUCAUCAGGACUCUCAGUAAAACCCGGGCCGAGGUUCAAGUCCAGCUGGAGCAGAGAGAGACCAGGUUUACCUGAAGACACAGAGAGUCAGGAGAGGGGCGAUCGAGCAUCACUGUACAGAGAGAGAGAGAGAGAGAGAGAGAGAGAGAGAGAGAGAGAGAGAGAGAGAGAGAGAGAGAGAGAGAGAGAGAGAGAGAGAGAGAGAGAGAGAGAGAGAGAGAGAGAGAGAGAGUGAGAGAGAGAGAGAGAGAGAGAGAGAGAGGGAGAGAGAGAGAGAGAGAGAGAGAGAGGAGGAGAGAGAGAGAGAGAGAGAGAGAGAGAGAGAGAGAGAGAGAGAGAGAGAGAGAGAGAGAGAGAGAGAGAGAGAGAGAGAGAGAGAGAGAGAGAGAGAGAGAGAGAGAGAGAGAGAGAGAGAGAGAGAGAGAGAGAGAGAGAGAGAGAGAGAGAGAGAGAGAGAGAGAGAGAGAGAGAGAGAGAGAGGAGAGAGAGAGAGAGAGAGAGAGAGAGAGAGAGAGAGAGAGAGAGAGAGAGAGAGAGAGAGAGAGAGAGAGAGAGAGAGAGAGAGAGAGAGAGAGAGAGAGAGAGAGAGAGGGAGAGAGAGGGAGAGAGGGAGAGAGAGAGAGGGAGAGGAAACCUGCCUAGCAACACACACACACUGAGAGACAGAGAUGUGUGUGUGUGUGUGUGUGUGUGUGUGUGUGUGUGUGUGUUUAUUACCUGCUGGUUGUUGAAAAGGUUGAAGGUCAAUCAGGACUCACUGGUCAUGUGACCUUCAGAGCGAUGAUGAUGAUGAUUAAAGAUAAUGUUGAUAAUUAUUGAUCAGAGUGUGAUCAGCUGAUAUCAGAGGUGUGAUUAUUGAUCAGUUUGAUCAGAAACUCUGUCACUCAGUGACGUCAUCAGGUACAGGUGAAACUUUAUUGACAACAAAAGGCAGAAACAGCCGAGUGACGAUUCCUCUGAAUAUGAGAGCGGUUCUGAUCGGAUCCAGAACCAUCCGGACCGAACCUGAUCAGAACACAGAGGUAAUACAGGAGGAGUGUGUGUGUGUGUGUGUGUGUGUGUGUGUGUGUGUUUGGGGUGACGUCAUGUGUUGGGGGGGUGAUCUGAAUUCCUGAGCUGCUGUCGGAUCGUUUCAAACAGGGAGAGACGCGCGCGCACCCCCCCCCCACACACACACACACACACACACACACCUCCCCCCUCUCUGCUGCAGCGGCGGAGCUCGCGCGCAGCUGCAGCGGGAGGAGAACAAUAAGCGGAGAGGAGCAGAGAGGAGGAGCAGAGGAGAUCUCAGUCCGUCUCUCCGGUUCUUUCCUCCGUUCGGACCGGGUCAGGCAGGGCGGGUUCGGGUUCUGCCGGGACCAUGUCGUCCCCGCAGGUCUCGUCGUCCCGCAGACAGUCCUGUUAUCUGUGCGACCUGCCCCGCAUGCCCUGGGCCAUGAUCUGGGACUUCACCGAACCGGUCUGCCGCGGCUGCGUCAACUACGAAGGAGCGGACCGGAUCGAGUUCGUCAUCGAGACCGCCCGGCACCUGAAGCGGGUCCACGGCUUCCAGGAGGGCAGACCCCCUACCGGAGGACCCCCUCCUCCUCCUCCUCAGCAGCCCCCCCUGAUGAAGAACCAGCCGGUCUGUCUGAAGGAUCCGGGACCGCAGCACAACCACCAUCCGGACGGACCGGGGAAGUCCCAGCAGCCCGGUUUGGACCGGUACUCUCUCAGCGGGGACAGCCGGGCUCGGUUCGACUACAGCGGACCCAGCAGCAGGAUGACGAACGGGUUCAAACCGGAGGAGGGCCCCCCCGAACUGAACCGACAGAGCCCGAACUCCCGCAGCAGGACCCACGCGGGGCUGGUACCGGCCUCGGGACAGAUGACCGUCCCACCGAACCUGCUCCCUCAGACCCUGCUGAACGGACCGGGUCCUCACGGUCUGCCGGGCAGAGCCGAACCCGGGGGGAAGCGGCCCGCCUCCGCGUCCAGUUCGGACCAGGAGCGGGACCUGAAGGAGAAACAGCGGAACGUGGAGGUUCUGUCCGAACUCAGCGAGAGCCUCCGGAACCGACAGGAGGAGUGGGCCAGCAGACCCAAACCGGUCCGGGAGACCCUGGUCCUCCUGUCCGGAUGUACCCCCUUUGACGUCCGCUUUAAGAAGGACCACGCGCUGGUGGGUCGGGUCUUCGCCUUCGACGCCGUGUCCAAACCGGGUCUGGAGCACGAGCUCAAGAUCUUCAUCGAGUACCCGAGCGGGUCCGGAACCGUGUUCUCGAGCGCGUCCGGGGUGGCCAAGCAGAUGUACCAGGACUGCAUGAAGGACUUCGGGAGGGGGCUGUCGUCCGGGUUCAAGUACCUGGAGUACGAGAAGAAGUCCGGGUCCGGGGACUGGAGGCUCCUGGGGGACCUGCUCCCGGAGUCCCUGCGGUUCUUUAGGGAGGGGGCGGAGCCGGACAUGCUCCCCCAGCCGCACGUGGACGGAAGUUUCCCGCUCCUGCCCACCUCCCUGCUGCUCCCGGGCCGGACCCUGGCCUCAGGGAGCGGGGGGGUCGGCGGGUCCAGGACCGGGCUGAGGAAGAGGAAGGCGUCCCCGGAACCGGACUGUGAGGAGCGGGGACAGACCUGGAUCAGCGGACCCCCCCCUCCGCUCGGACACCCCGGCCUCCCCUCCGGCAGGACCACCCCCCCGGAGUCCUCGGGCCCCCCGCAGAGCGGACAGUCCCCCAUGGCCGCGCUCAUGUCGGUGGCGGACACGCUCGUGAACGCGCACUCCCCGAACAAGGACCGGGACUCGGUCCAGUCCAGCACCUCGUCCUCCAGACACACCAGCAGCAGCCCCGUGUCCCCCCCCUCAGUGUCCGGACAGAGGCGCCUCUCCUCCCGCAACGGGGACCCGCCACAGUCCGCGGGAGGGGGCGUAGAGGCGGCGCAUGCGCAGAGCGUGUCGGACUCCCCCAUGGCCAACAGCGGCCCCCUCUGCUGCACCAUCUGUCACGAGCGGCUCGAGGACACCCACUUCGUCCAGUGCCCGUCGGUACCGGGUCACAAGUUCUGCUUCCCGUGUUCCAGAGAGAGCAUCAAGGCCCAGGGGGGGUCCGGGGAGGUCUACUGCCCCUCCGGGGACAAGUGCCCGCUGGUCGGAUCCAACGUCCCCUGGGCCUUCAUGCAGGGGGAGAUAGCGACCAUCCUGGCGGGGGACGUGAAGGUGAAGAAGGAGAGGGACCCCUGAGGGGGGGGAGACUCCUGAGGGGGCGAGAGAGGAGGAGAGGAGGAGAGGGACCCCUGAGGGGGGAGGGGGACUCCUGAGGGGGGAGAGAGGAGGAGAGGGACCCCUAAGGGGGGAGGGGGGGGAGAGAGGAGGAGAGGGACCCCUGAGGGGGGGAGAGAGGAGGAGAGGAGGAGAGUCUUCUUCUGUAUCUGAGAGAGAGUCUGUGAGAGGAGGGGGGGUUGAUGAGUCAGCAGUUUUCUGUGUGUGAGUUCUGCUGAGUUCUGCUGAGUCAGCGGUUUACUCAGACUGUGGAUCAGAACUCUCCUGUCAGUCCAGACCUGAUACCGAGCCUCGGUGCCGGUACCAGAGACUAUCAGCUGACUGUAGAGACAAACAGGGGGGGGGGUUAUCAGGGUUCAGGUCCAGAACAGUCAGAACCUCACUGUGAGUCCAGUCUGACUGCGAGGUCUGAUGACCUGUGAGUCUGGACCCCCCCAGCCUGUAGACCAGAUCUUCCCACUGAGCAGCAGACUAGAUCUAAUCUCAACAUCUAGAUUCAGUUUAUCUGUAAACAGAAUUCAGACGAUUAUUGGAUAAUUAUUUAUUUUUAAAAAGUAUCUGUGAGUUUAAAACUGAUCUAAAGGACUGAAGUAACGAUGAUGAACAGCUGUUAGAGUCUGAACUCGGUCUGAAAACUCUCAUCUUUAGACCUGUUCUGACCUGAUCUUAGACAGACAUCUAGACUACAUCUGAACAUCUAUCAGACCCAGAAAUGCUCAGUUCAGAUGUUCCUCCUCAGAUCAGUGAUUACCGUAUUGACCUGAAGAGAGGAGCAGCUACACUUUACAGGUCAGCUGAUCACAGAUACAGCCUCUGAUUGGUCAGAAGUAAGAUGUCAGCUGAUAACCUCAAUAAUGUGACCUGAUCUAAACUGACUCUCAGAGCGUCAUCAAUAUAAUUAUUGAUUAAUAUCAUGUUAUUGAUUAUCAGAUGAUGACAUUCUGGUCAAAACUAGAUCAGGAAACAGAUGAUUGAGUCAGAGAGACAGAAAACAAUAACGAGAGAACAGCUGAUCGGGACGACAUGAUAACGAUCAGCUGAUCAGGAUCCGGUUUGAUGGUAGAGUCCGUGUUUGUUCAGGUCAGAACAUCAGAGAGUCUGAUCUCUCCACUGACAGAGGAUUCACUGUUAGCUCUGUCUCUCUCUCUCCCUCUCUCUCUCUCUCUCUCUCUCUCUCUCUCUCCCUCUCUCUCUCUGUCUGUCUCUCUCUCUCUCUCUCGCUCUCUCUCACCCCUCUCUCUCUCGGCGCCCCCUGGAGGUGGAGGUUUAAAUAUUCUUCAUGUUUCUGAAGUUGUCGUGGUGGUGUUGGUGGUGAAGCUGACGGAGGUGUGAUGAUGUUUGAACAGACGGACUCUCAGACUCCAUCAUCACACCGUGUGUGUGUGUGUGCGUGUGUGUGUGUGUGUGUGUGUGUGUGUGUGUGUGUGUGUGUGUGUGUGUGUGUGUGUGAGUGUGUGUGUCCACAGCUGUUUUUAUACCUGUUUCUAACUCUUUCUUCUUUCAUUGAGAAUAUUUGAAAUCUUUCAGGAAUGUACUCUGAGUGAUUUUUUUAUCAUUUCAAACCUUCAGUUUUUUAUUUUCUUACUGCAAUAAACGAGUUUUUUCACGAGUUGAUUCAGUCGAUCAGUUUGUUUUCUUUGUGUUUCUGUUUCUAUGGUAACAGGUUAAACUGAUCAAACAUGGUGUAACGUGCCUUGGAGCUGCCUCAGUUGUAAUAAAACUCAUUGAUAUGAACCUUCGCAGUCAUGUGACCUUCUUCAGGAGUUUCUCUUCAGCUCAGGUGUGCAGCUGCAGGUCUGUUUGUAUCGACGUGGCUCCGCCCACUUCAGCUCAGUCAGGGCUGACAAACAUCAUCACUGUAUGAGUUGUUGCUCCAGUCAGCGCCCCCUGCUGUCCAGCAUCAGUCUGUGUUUGUCUGUGUUUGUCUGUGUUUGUCUGUGUUUGUCUGUUGUCUCUCACUCUCCGUUCAUUCAGUCGUACCCGGACGUCUCUGCGCUCCGGCGUUGACCAUGACUGUCACACAGUAAUAGUGACUUCCUCCAUGAUGGCGGUCCUUCCUUUCAGCUCGUUUACAUGCGUCAGACCAGAGAAGAAGAAGAAGAAGAAGAAGAUACACAUAUAUAAACACACACAUAUAUACACAUGUGUGUGUUUUUAUAUAUGUAUAUAGUGUUUAUGUACAGCUGUACUGUAGUACUUGUACUCUCUUGUUUUUGGUUUCUUGCUGCAUUGCAGUUUUUCGUCCACCAAUACACACACACACACACACACACCUGGUCUGGUAGUGUGUGUGUGUGUGUGUGUGUGUGUGUGUGUACAUUUGCAUGCACACAGUGAGCCGCAGCGCUGAGCCAAGGGCACCUUACCGAUCACUGUCCACACACACACACACACACACACACACACACACACACACACACACACACACUGUGGGGCUCCAGGGUGUUUCUAUGGAGUCUGCACACGAACAGAGUCCUCUGAGUGUGUGUGUGUGUGUGUGUGUGUGUGUUUGUGUGUGUGUGUUUGUGUGUUUGUGUGUGUGUUUUUUUACCCCUGCAGUCUGUUUCCACCCUCCCCUGAGCAGGAUGCGGUGGUUACCGUGGUUACCGUGGUAACAGCCUCCUGGUCGAGGAAACAAAGAGAUUUUAAAGAUCACAGUCAGACGGUCAGGAGAAAACACGCCGUCCUGUCGGCGUUGACCGAGGAUCAGCUGACCUGCAGCUGACGAGGUCACAGAUCUGUGUGUGUGUGUGUGUGUGUGUGUGUGUGUCUGUGUGUGUGUGUGUGUGUGGGUGUGUCUUUUUUUAGACGAUGAUGUCAGCAAUAUAUUACACCCCCCCACCCCCUCAUGUUCUUCUCUGCGUCUGAUUGGUGGAUCCAAAGACACGCCAACCUGAGCCCUGAGGAGACCAGGUCCAGCUCCAGGUCCAGAUCACCUGAUUGGCCUUCAGUUGUUGAUUGAUUAGCUGAUUAAUAAACUGAUCAGCUGAUUGACCCCCCCACACACACACACACACUCUCAUCAGGAAUCACGCUCUCCUCUGUUGCUAUGGGAGCCACUGAGCUGUUGCUUAGCAACAGCAGCAGCAGAGUCGGUCUGUAGCAGGGGUGUCUGUGACUGACACAGGGGGGGUUAUGGAGUCGACCAUUUUGUCUCCGCCCGUCUCUGCAGAGCGGAUCCUCAGAGUCCGGAUCCUGAAGACGGACCACUGAGACCCUGAUCAGAGACCACCACACAGACCGACAGGGCCCCUGAACUGGGACUGAGGUUUAGGUGGUCUGAAGGUCAGCAGGUUCAGGGACACCUGUAGACCAGGUUCUCUCCUGGAGUCUGUGAUGAUGUUUCCUGUUUGUGUCUCUGAGGGUCAAGAAGGUCCUUCUAGAGGACCAGUCCCAGGUCUCAGGGACAGCAGGGACUCCGGUCCUGCUGGUUCUGGUCUUUGUUGAAAAAGAAGUCUGGACAGACCAGACCAACAGAGACUAGAGAGGAGGAGCAGGAGGACCAGUGGGAACAUGGACUUGAGUUGGUCUGGUUGACUUUGUGGUCUUGAGUUGGUCUGGUCAACCCCUUGGUCCUGAGUCACCCGGUCUUUCAUGGAUCCAGACCUUCAGUCCAUAUUUCAGGUUCCGUUCUUUCCAGAAGGCUCAGGUCUUAACGGUUCCCUGAUCAGGGAUGCUGGACUCUGGCGGUCCCGGGCCAAUAUUUAGACCCGCCCCCUUAUUUCAGAUCUAGUCUGAUGGUCUGGUGAGGGUACCAUUCUGACAUAGUCCCCCCUUAGUCCACCUUGACCCGGACUGCAGGUCUCUUGGGACCAGGACCGGUUUCCUGGUCCACAAAGACCUGGUCCUGUUAGUUCCAGGAACCUUUGAGGUGCUGCUGACUCUGCGGUUCUGUUUCUGGUUUCAGGGACCGUCGACAUCAAAGAGGUCUUCACUCUGUUUCCACGGCAACCAGGCCAACUGUAAAUACUCCCCUGCAGUUAUCAGCCAAUCACAGCAGGGCGGCAGCCGGGAGAGCCAAUGAGACGUCGAGGGAGGCGGGACGUUCGAGGAAGGUGAGUUUGAGUCCCCCCUGAAGACCCUGAGACCGGUUCACCUGUGCAGGUGUCAGUGUGAGGAAAGGGGGCGGGGCUUCACACUGUUUUAUCUGUUUCAGGAAGAGGACUCUCUGAAGACCGCCAAAACUGGACCAGACCCCCAUGAGACCCAACAGAACCAGCCUCAACUGAACCCCCUACAGUCCCAGUCCAAACCAGUCCAUUACCAACAAGACCUGAACCUACCACCCCAGUCCAGUUCCCAACAAUCCCGACCCCAGACCCAGUUUACUGUUCAGAACCCUGAGACCCAACAAGUCCAGUCCAAUCCAAUUCCAGUUCAGCAAACCCAGUCCCAACCAGUCCUCCCCCAGUCCCAGACCCAACAGUCCAGGUCUCAACAAACUGGACCCCGACAAAACCAGUUCACAUCCCAACAAACCCCGCCCCAGCCAGUCCAGUCCAAACCAAACCCAACCCAUCAGAACCACUUACAGCCCCUCCAGUCUGACCCCCAACAAACCCAGUCCAGAACCCUGCCGUCCUCAUCACACCAGACCGGACCCCAACAAAACCAGUCUCACUCCCAUCUUCAGACCCAUCAGUCCAUACCGGUCCAGAGAAGACCUGUGAUCUGGUCCACGUUAGACGAGGCAGGUCAGGUCCUCCGUCAGGUCCGGAAACAGAAAAAGGUCUUGGAGGAAAACCUGGGGGCUCUGCUGAGAACCAGAACCGGAGAGGUUCUGAACUGCCAGCUGGAGGCGCUAGCCGCUAACAGGUAACUAAUGCUAAUGCUAAUGCUAACACCAGCUGAUGACCUCAUGUUACCAACGAAGAAGACCGGUCUGAGUCUGUGUCCUCCACAGGGACUGGACUGAGGAGGUCCGGAUCAAGAAGACGGUGGACGCCUGGAUCAGAACCCUGUCCAAGGACAUCCAGGUGAGCUGAGAGCAGGUCCAGGUUCUGGUUCAGGUCCUGAACACCUGUUCAUGGGGUCUACCCCUCACAGUCCAGACCGGAUCCAGAUCCAGGUCCUCAGUCCUAGAACUUCAGGUCUUACUUUUAAAACCAGACCACACCUCCUUCCUUAGAGGAGGUGUCAGUGCUCCUCCUCUGACUCCUCCAUCUAAGUCCUGGAGCUGAGUGAGGAGCCCCUGGAAUUCAAGGACCAUCCUUGAAAAUCAUGGAAAAGGCCUGGAAAGUAAAAGAGGAGAAGAAGGUUUCAUUCAACCUCCUCCUCUUUUCUUACUCUCCUCCUCCUCCUUCCUCCCCCUCUCCUUCUCUCCUCCCCCUUCUCCUCCCCCUCUCCUCCUCCUCCUUCCUCCCCCUCUCCUCCUCUCCUCCUCCUUCUCCUCCUCUCCUCCUUCUCCUCUUCCUUCUCCUCUCUCUUUUACCCCCCCCCCCCCCCAGGAUGAGAUAAGCGUGGAGAAGGUCGCCCCCUGCAGGUCAGCGGAUGCGGUCUCCACCCGCCCACAUAGCCAAACCCCUGCAGUGACAUCACAGCGAGCUGCCGGUGCAAGCUCCGCCCACUCAGGCAGGGGGAGACCACUGGGCACGCUCAGAGGAACCACGAGUAAGACGGCGAGAGGAAGAGGAAGCAGAGGACAGACGGGGGGACAGGUCAGACUGCGCUUUCCUCUGAUUGGUCGGUUUACACUGUGACAUUUGAUGAUGUCGCUGACUGCCUCUGUGUGCAGGUACAGUGGGCGGAGCCUGUCGGAGCUGCAGGUAGGCUGUCAAACAGGACACAGGUCGAGGACGAGUCGUACCUGGCACACCUGUACGGCAGAGCUCUGUAUGAAGGCAGCAGACGAACCCUGAAGAAGAGCCCAUACCUGCGUCUGAGUUCACCUGUCUCACCUGUCAGCAGGAAGCUCCGCCCCCGUGUGGUGGAGAGUGUCAGAGGUAGAGCGUUUCUGUUUGAUGUGAACCCCGACCCUCACACCUGAACCUGCAGGUGAGUCUGUGUUUUUGUUUUCAUCUCAGGUGUGAAGGUGAAGUCAUGUAAGACUCAGACCUGUUUGGCCCCGCCCCCUGCCCUGUUACCUGGACGGCUGCAGCGUAAUGACCAUAUGACCUCUGGUGACCCCGAUGACCACAGAGUGACCGCAACAGACGGCCAGUCUGUUCCCAUGGCGAUCCCCCUGGGUCAGUAAUAAACAAACAUGUGGAGUUUAAAACAUAAACAAAGAUCAGCUGAUCGACAUAAACAAAGAUCAGCUGAUCGACAUUAACAAGGAUCAGCUGAUCGACAUAAACAAAGAUCAGCUGAUCGACAUUAACAAGGAUCAGCUGAUCGACAUAAACAAAGAUCAGCUGAUCGACAUAAACAAGGAUCAGCUGAUCGACAUAAACAAGGAUCAGCUGAUCGACAUUAACAAGGAUCAGCUGAUCGACAUAAACAAAGAUCAGCUGAUCGACAUAAACAAGGAUCAGCUGAUCGACAUAAACAAAGAUCAGCUGAUCGACAUAAACAAGGAUCAGCUGAUCGACAUAAACAAGGAUCAGCUGAUCGACAUAAACAAGGAUCAGCUGAUCGACAUAAACAAAGAUCAGCUGAUCGACAUAAACAAGGAUCAGCUGAUCGACAUAAACAAGGAUCAGCUGAUUGAGGAUGACGUGAAUCUGACACCUUUACCUGUAAAAACUCUGAACAUCAUGGACUAAUGUUGCCCCGCCCCCUUAGGUCGUCCCAGGAUGGACUCCUCCUCCAGAUGUCUUUAUGAUCGUCAACAGGAAGUGACAUCACCACCCAUGGCUCCUCCCACAUCAGCUGUAGCUGCUGUUGAAGAAGACAGGUCACCUGAACUGCAGUCACAGGUGAGUCGACAGGAAGUUGUUUCUAAUUUCAGUUCCUCACAGAUUUAGAAGAACCGUGGAGACGGACCUCAACGCCAGGAGCUCCAGAGUCCUUCAGAGACGGACCCGUGAGACGGACCCACGGAACCGACGGACUUCCCUGAAAAUCCACUCAGUCUGUGAGGGUUUCAGGAACUUCCUGUCCCACAGAGACGAUCAGAGAGGAUUCACCACAGGGGGGUUCUGAGAUAACGGGUCAUUUCUGUGAGGCCGCCAUCUUUGUUUGGGUCUGUGGACCAACAGAAUCUCCGCUCAGGACCUUCAGCUCGGUUCUGCGGUCCAAGAGGUCCUGUAGAAGCUCGUCGUUUCCUUCGGUCUGUGAACAGAAUCACCUGAUCGACUCUCUGAUCAGAUUGAGUGACAACCAAUCAGUGAAGACCUGAUCAAUAAUCAGAACCAAUCACAUCAUCAGAAUCUAUCAGAUCAGUUAACAGCUGAGUGCACACACACACACACACACACACACACACACACACAGCUCUACUGUCCAGCUGGUUGCUAAGCAACAGCAGCUCCCAAUGACUGUAUUUAUCGUUGAUAUUGAUCAUCCUGUUUGUUAGUGAAUGAUCAUCUAACAUAGAUCUAUAUGUAGAUCUAUAUCUAAAUAUCUAUAUCUGUAGAUAAAGAUCUAUGACGUGAUAGAAGCUCAGAGAGACUCUGGAGGUCAAAGGUCACCGGCAGGUGUGUCUUUGUUUACAGGAGCAACAGGACACCAGUGAAGCUCCGCCCCCUCCUUCUGUUGACAUCAUGGAGGUCAGAGGUGAAGAGGAGGUGGAGGAGGAGGUCGUCUUUCCUGGGACGGACUUCCUGUCCGUCACUGAUGUCAUACAGGUAAACCUCACCUCCAUCAGAACUCUUCUCCUCAACACCUCCUUCUGUAUCCUCCUCUGGUUCCUUUACUCCUCCUCUCCCCCCCCUCCUUUCUCCUCCUCUCCUCCUCUCCCCUCCUCCUCCUGUCCUCUCCUCUCCCCUCCUCCCCUCCUUCCUCCUCCUUUCUUUCUCUCCUCUCCUCUCUCCUCUCCCCUCCUCCUUUCUUCCUCUUCCUCCCUUCCUCUCCUCUCCUCUCCUCUCCCCUUCUCCUCUCCUCUCCUCUCUCCUCCCCUCCUCUCCUCUCCUCUCCGCUCUCCUCUCCCCUCCUCCUCUCCUCUUCCCCUCCUCCUCCUGUCCUCUCCUCUCCCCUCCUCCUCUCCUCUCCUCUCCUCUCCUCCUCUCUCCUCCUCUCCUCUCCUCUCCUCUCCUCUUCCCCUCCUCCUGUCCUCUCCUUCUCCUCUCUCCUCUCCUCUCCUCUCCUCCUCUCCUCUCCUCUCCUCUCCUCUCCUCUCCUCUUCCCCUCCUCUCCUCUCCUCUCCUCUCCUCUUCUCUCUCCUCUCCUCUUCUCCUCUCUCCUCUCCUCUUCCCCUCCUCCUCCUGUCCUCUCCUUCUCCUCUCUCCUCUCCCCUCCUCUCCUCUCCUUCUCCUCUCUCCUCUCCUCUCUCCUCUCCUCCUCUCUCCUCCUCUCCUCUCCUCUCCUCUCCUCUCCUCUCCUCUCCCCUCCUCCUCUUCUCCUCUCUCCUCUCCUCUCCUCUACUCUCCUCUCCUCUCCUCUCCUCUCCUUCUCCUCUCUCCUCUCCUCUCUCCUCUCCUCCUCUCUCCUCUUCCCCUCCUCCUCCUGUCCUCUCCUCUCUCCUCUCCUCUCUCCUCUCCUCUCCCCUCCUCCUCUCCUCUUCUCUCUCCUCUCCUCUCCUCUCCUCUCCUCUCCUCUCUCCUCUCCUCUCCUCUCCUCUCCUCCUCUUCUCAGUGUUCAGCUGCAGUCUCACAGCCCCCCCUGCUGGUCACAGCUGCUCAUUACAGUUUUAUAAAUUGAAGUUUUUUUCUUCUUGUCCUCCUCAGGAACAGGAGGAGCAGCAGGAGGAGGAGCAGCAGGAGGAGGUGAGGGCUGGGGUGGAGGUGGAGUUAGAUGGAGGUCCGUCUCCCCCUCCAGUCCUCUAUCAGGGCCCGGUCUUCCCUCCCCAGGUCCCUCCUACCCUCCCCCUCCAGGAUCAGGCCCCCCUUCACCAACCGGACCUGCAGAGAGACCUGCUGGAGACCCGGCUGGUGGAGUGGUGAGGAUCAGGACUGGACUAGACCGGACUUUACUGGACUGGACCGGACUGAAUCAUUAUGACAGCUUCUGAUUUGUCAGCCCUGACUCUUUGGACCAGAACCGCGGGUCCAAACGGACUCGGAGGUUCCUCCCAGAACCGCUCUGACCUGAUGUCUGUGUCUGUGUCAGGGUGGAGCAGCAGCUGAUGUCCAGGAUCAUCUCACAGAUGUACCGCCCCCCUCUCCAUGACCCCGCCCAGAAUGGCUCCCCUGACCAAUCAGAGCACGAGGAUCAGAGUGUGACCUCUGACAUCAGUGAGUCUUUAUUUAGGAGAGGAGGAGAGAGGAGGAGAGAAGGAGAGAGGGGGAAGGGGAGAGGAGGAGGAGAGAGGAGGAGGAGAGAGGGAAGGAGAGGAGGAGGAGAGGAGAGGGGAGGAGGAGAGAGGGGAGGAGAGGAGAGGAGGAGAGAGGGGAGGAGAGAGGAGGAGAGGAGUAGAGAGGAGGAGGAGAAGGAGAGGAGAAGGAAGGAGGGGAGGAGGAGGAGGAGAGAGGAGAGAGGAGAGGAGAGAGGAGGAGAGAGGAGAGGAGGAGGAGGAGGAGAGGGGAGGAGAGGAGAGGAGGAGAGAGGGGAGGAGAGAGGAGGAGAGGAGUAGAGAGGAGGAGGAGAAGGAGAGGAGAAGGAAGGAGGGGAGGAGGAGAGAGGAGAGGAGAGAGGAGGAGAGAGGAGAGGAGGAGGAGAGGAGGAGGAAAGAGGGGAGGAGAGGAGGAGGAGGAGAGAGGGGAGGAGAGGAGGAGGAGGAGAGAGGGGAGGAGAGAGGAGGAGGAGAAGGAGAAGGUCUGAGAGUGAAGGAGAGGAACAGAGGAGGAGAAAGAAACAGGAAAUUUCAAAACCAGGAGGAGGAGUGUUUAUAUUCAUGAGAGAAGAUUCUUCUCACUGCUCAGUGUGUGUGUGUGUGUGUGUGUGUGUGUGUGUGUGUGUGUGUGUGUGUGUGUUCAUAUGUGUGUGUGUGUGUGUGUGUGUGUGUGUGUGUGUUUGUUCAUGUGUGUGUGUUCAUGUGUGUGUGUGUGUGUGUGUGUGUGUGUUCAUAUGUGUGUGUGUGUGUGUGUGUGUGUGUUUGUUCAUGUGUGUGUGUUCAUGUGUGUGUGUGUUUGUUCAUGUGUGUGUGUUCAUAUGUGUGUGUGUGUGUGUGUGUGUUCAGUAGAGGCAGCAGGUGGUUCUGGUCUGCAGUUCUUCGUGGACUCAGAUGUGUUGGUGGACUCGGCUCUGAUCCGUCAGCUGGUCUCGGAGGUUCUGAGUGAACAGAUCACACUGAUCCUGGGACGAACAGACACACAGGGACCAGAACCAGAACCGGAACCUCCAGGUCCAGAAGCCCAUCAGGAGGUAGUUUCACUUUCAGAUCACAACGACAACAACGACAACAAUAAUAAUAAUAAUAAUAACAAUAAUAAUAAUAAUGAUAAAAAUAGUAAUAAUAAUAAUAAUAAUAAUAAUAAUAAUAAUAAUAAUAAUAGUAAUAAUAAUAAUAACAAUAAUAAUAAUAAUAAUAAUAAAAAUAGUAAUAAUAAUAAUAAUAAUAAUAAUAAUAUUAAUAAUAAUAAUAAUAAUAAUAUUAAUAAUAAUAAUGAUAGUAAUAAUAUUGUAUUAAUUAUUAUUACUUUAAUCAUCAUCAUCAAACCUCCUAUAGAGCAGGAAAUAGUCGUAAAGGGUUAGAGACAUACUCCGACCUUUAGUGACCCCAACAUCAGUGUCAUCAUCAUCAUCAGGUCACCACAGUGCUAAUCCUGGAGAAACCUGGAAAAACCUGGAGAAACCUGGAAAAACCUGGAGAGUCUAAAUCCUGUUUGUUUCUGCUGCUUCUGUUCCAGGAUGAACUGGUUUCACUGGUUCCUACUCCAGUACCUACUCCUCCAUCCAGUCCAACCACAGAACCCAACAGAGAGACCACGCCCAUGACCACACCUCCUCCAUCUGAACCAACCAGUCUGCAGAUAGAGGAGCCUCCUCAGCCAAUCACAGAGCCAGGUCAGUCAGCGCUGACCUUUAGCUUUGUUAGCGUUAGCGGUCAUUAAAGGGUUAAUGUUUAUGUUUACCUGAUUCACCUGCAGAGCCUGUAGCCACGCCCACUCCUAGCCCAGAGCCCGCCCACUCUCCAGAAAGUCCUCAUGUUGGUCAUCAAGCCCCUCCCCUUCCUGCCCCGGAGAAUACUGAGCUGCUAUUGGACGAGGAGGAGAGAUCAGAGGAACACCUGGAUACACACCUGUAAGUGCGCACACACACACACACACACACACACACACACACACACACACACACACACACACACACUCCUCUCUCAGUAACUCUUGCCCCGCCCCCCACAGGAUCUUGGCGUCCGCAGCAGUCGAGGAGCCCCGCCCUCUCUCCCCCCCUCGUCCCGCCCCCUCUCCCCCCCCUCCCGGUCCUGGAUCCAGUCCGGCCUCCCGCUCCAGUUCCUCUGAGGAGUCCAGUUCCAGUCAGUCCAGUUCUCCCAGUAGCAGCAGCGUUGAGACUGAAGCGGCGCUCAGACACAUCUCUGAGGGCGAGCUGCUGAUCACCAUCAACCAGCUGACCGCCGCCGCCGCCGCCAUCACAGGUGGGACAUCAUCAUCACCGUCAUCAUCAUCACUGCUCACCUGUCCGUCACUGAACUCUCUCUCUCUGCCCCCCCACAGAUCCGGUCCACAGUUUCUCCAGUUCUCUUCAGGAGAUCCAGGAGGACUUGGUAAGACCCGGUUCAGGAGGUUCAGGACUGUCAUGUGGUAGACUCAAGUGUUUCCUGUCUGAGUGUUGUGUCACUUCCUGUCCCUCCUCCAGGACUUUGACCCCCCCAGUGUAGGUCAGGUCAGAGGUCACGACAUCCUGAAAGCCUUACUGACCAAGAUGGAGGAACACAGAGGAGAGAGACCGCAGCCAGAGGUACUCCUCCUCACUCCUCCUCACUCCUCCUCCUCUCUCCUCUUUCCUUCUCUUCUCUCCUCUUUCCUUCUCUUCUCUCCUCUUUCCUUCUCUUCUCUCCUCUUUCCUUCUCUUCUCUCCUCUCCCCUCUCUCCAAAAACCUGACGCAGUUUGUAACAAACUAAACGGUGAAAAUCAGAGUUUUUAUUAACGUGGUCGGAGGACACGCCUACUGGAGGACCCAUCCAAGAUGGCGGC